AUGGGAACUGCCGUGUCCAAAAGGAAGAAUAUAAGAAACGAUGCCAUAUCGUCAGUGGCAGCAAAAGUUAGAGCAGCCCGAGCUUUUGGAGAUUAUCUUCACACUGAUCCAGAGAACCGAAACGGAUCAGAUCGCUUACUAUCUGACGCCUUUGUUGGCCACGACUCUGACUCCCCAGACAGCAGCUGUGCCCAGAACAACAACCUCCAUAGCAGUUGCCCUCUUCAGGGCUCCACUGGGAGCCCAGAGUCCACUCUGAUCAACUCUCCCCUGGGUCUGCUACAGCCACCACCCCCGUCCACUUCCUCCAAGACCCGACUCUCCUUGGAACGCAGCUUCUCGGCGGAAGAAGACCAGCAGAAGUGUGUGGAGUGUGCCUUGCAGCCUGCACGGGUCUACACCAUCACCGGGGAGGGCGGCAUGCUAGGAGCGGGUCGAGGAAGCAAGGAGAGCCUGGAGCUGGAGGUUUUAAAGGGAGCCAGGGAGAACCCCCAGCAUCAGAACCUGACCCAGCCCUCCACUUCACCUUGCACCAACUCCAGCUCUUCCUCACCCACCCAGCACCACCGCCGCCACCAUGCCAACCAUCACCACAGCAACCACCACCAUGGCAACCCAGGCGGAGGGAGCAGCACUGUCAGCAACCAACAACACAACAACCCUGGGAACAGCGGAGGAGGAGGUGGAGGAGGAGGAGGAGGAGGUGGUGGCACAUCCACCCAUCAUCACCAUGCCGCUACCCACCACCACCAUCACCACCACUUGUCCCAGCCUCUUCAGAGCUCCGUCAGUGCCCACAACAUCCGAGGCUGGGGUGAGGGCAGGGAUUGCAGCCUGACCUGUGAUUCUUGUGCGGGGGCUCCCUCUCGCAGCCAGGGUUCUUUGGACCUGGAGAGCAGCUCCCGUGAUGCAGGCAAGCAGCACAGACGGCUAGAGAGGAUGUGCAGUGUGGACCGGGUGACUGGGCUAGAGAGAGAAGAUAGCAACUGGUACCCCAAAGAGAAUAUGCUCAGCUUUCAUACUGCUACCACAACCAUCCAGGCAAUAUCAAACUUCCGGAAGCACCUGAGAAUGGUGGGCAGCAGGAGAAUGAAAGCACAAACAUUUGCAGAGCGCAGGGCGAAGAGCUUCAACCGAUCCUGGAGUGAUCCAACCCCAGUCAAGCCUGAUUCUCUGCACGACUCUAGAGACAGCGGGGACCUGCAGGUGUCGUGUGGGACUUUGGAUGAAAGUGGAUGUGAUGAUGUGGACUGGGAGGAGGAGAGGGAGAUGGAACGACUGGCAUGCGAGGGUGACGACUUCAUCCCCCCCAAAAUUAUGCUUAUCUCUUCUAAAGUCCCAAAGGCUGAAUACAUCCCAAACAUCAUUCGCAGGGAUGACCCUUCAAUUAUUCCCAUUCUCUACGACCAUGAGCAUGCCACAUUUGAUGACAUUCUAGAGGAGAUUGAUAAGAGAUUAAAUGCCUACAGGCGAGGCUGUAAGAUCUGGAGAAUGCUCAUAUUUUGUCAGGGAGGACCUGGGCAUCUGUAUCUUUUGAAAAAUAAAGUGGCCACCUUUGCCAAGGUGGAAAAAGAGGAGGAUAUGAGCCAAUUCUGGAAAAGGCUGAGUCGGUUUAUGAGCAAAGUGAAUCCUGAGCCAAACCUCAUUCACAUCAUGGGCUGUUAUGUUUUAGGAAAUCCCAAUGGAGAGAAGCUGUUCCAGAAACUGAACAACUUGAUGAGACCUUAUUCCGUCGCCUUUGAGUCACCACUGGAGCUGUCCGCACAGGGCAAAGAAAUGAUAGAGAUGUACUUUGACUUCCGUCUGUACCGCCUGUGGAAAACACGACAGCACUCCAAACUUUUAGAUUAUGAAGAUAUGUUGUGA